UUCCCCGGAGGGAAUCUAGGUCGCUAAGGGAAGCGUUACUCGAGGCUUGGUGGGGAAGAGAUGGGCAGCGCUCAGAGGCACAAAGAGUGGGAAGAUGGACACCAUCGCACAUGUUAGAAGCAAGUUGAAAGGACAGUAAGAAGACCAGGAAUCACAGUAUGAACCAGUCUAGAUCUAGAUCAGAUGACGGUGGUGAACAGACUUCAUCUCAAGACCACAAUCGCCAUGAAAAUGAGAGAAGAUGGCAGCAAGAGCGUCUCCACAGAGAAGAAGCCUAUUACCAGUUUAUUAAUGAGCUGAACGAUGAGGAUUAUCGGCUAAUGAGAGAUCAUAAUCUUCUAGGCACCCCUGGAGAAAUAACAUCAGAAGAACUACAGCAGCGGCUAGAUGGUGUCAAAGAACAGCUGGCAUCUCAGCCUGACAUUAGAAAUGGGACAAAUUCCCAAGACUCAGAAGAUCCAAGAACAAGUUCAAAUGAAGAUUCUCUGCUAGAAUGGUUGAAUACUUUUCGUCGCACAGGAAAUGCAACUCGAAGUGGACAAAAUGGGAACCAAACUUGGAGAGCUGUGAGUCGAACAAACCCAAACAGUGGAGAAUUUCGGUUUAGUCUGGAAAUUCACAUCAAUCAUGAGAAUAGAGGAUUUGAAAUUCAUGGUGAAGACUAUACAGGCAUUCCACUUUCAGAUAGUAGCAGAGAGCAUAUUGCAGAUAGGCAGCAGAGAUCAACUAGUCCUGUGGCUAGGAGAACAAGAAGCCAGACUUCAGUGAAUAUCAGUGAUAAUAGUUCCAACAUUUCAAGGACUAGGCUUGGUUCUAGGGUGCAGAAUUCAGUAGAAGGAUCUUUAUCAGCACUGGGAAGAUUAAGAAAUGGAAUUGGGGCGACAGUUGGCAUUCCUGGAACUAGUGCUCCACGCACUAAUUUCAGUAACCACACGAACCAGUCAGGUGGUAGUGAACUCAGGCAAAGGGAGGGGCAGAGAUUUGGAGCAGCACAUGUUUGGGAAAAUGGGGCUAGAAGUAAUGUUACAGUGAGGAAUACAAACCAAAGAUUAGAGCCAAUAAGAUUACGGUCUACUUUCAGUAGUCGAAGCCGCUCACCUAUUCAGAGACAAAGUGGCACUGUUUAUCAUAAUUCACAAAGGGAAAGUAGACCUUUGCAGCAAACUAUGAGAAGGUCUGUUAGAAGGAGAGGGAUAACUCGUGUCUUUUUAGAGCGAGGUAGAGAACGCAGAGGUACUACCUAUACUCCAUUCUCUAACUCAAGACUUGUGUCAAGAAUAACAGUUGAAGAAGGAGAAGAACCCAGCAGAUCUUCAACUGCUGUACGACGUCAUCCAACAAUCACACUGGAUCUGCAAGUUAGAAGGAUUCGUCCUGGAGAAAAUAGAGAUCGGGAUAGUAUUGCAAAUAGAACUCGAUCUAGGGUAGGGCUAGCAGAAAAUACAGUCACUAUUGAAAGCAAUAAUGGAGGCUUUCGUCGAACUAUUUCUCGUUUAGAGCAGUCAGGUAUUCGAACCUAUGUUAGUACCAUAACGGUUCCUCUUCGUAGGAUUUCUGAGAAUGAGCUGGUCGAACCAUCAUCAGUGGCCCUUCAGUCAAUUUUAAGGCAGAUCAUGACUGGAUUUGGAGAACUGAGUUCUCUAAUGGAGGCUGAAUCUGAGUCAGAGAUACAGAGAAAUGGUCAGCAUUUACCAGAUGUGCACUCAGAACUGGGUAACUUAGGUCCAGUUCAUAUUGAAGAUUCCUCACAGGACAUGCAAACCCAAGAAGAUAGCACUGAAAUGCCUGGUGCAAAUGAGACCACCCGCCCUCGUACCCGAAAUAGAGAUAGUAGAGGUGGUAGGCAGCAGCGAAAUUCAAAUAACUUAGUUGAAACUGGAACACUACCUAUUCUUCGCCUUGCACACUUCUUUCUACUGAAUGAAGGUGAUGAUGAUGAUCGUAUACGUGGUUUAACCAAAGAGCAGAUUGACAAUCUUUCCACACGGAACUAUGAGCAUAAUAGUAUGGAUGGUGAACUAGGUAAAAUCUGUAGUGUUUGCAUUAGUGACUAUGUAACUGGAAACAAGCUCAGGCAAUUACCUUGCAUGCAUGAAUUUCAUAUUCAUUGUAUUGACCGAUGGCUCUCAGAGAAUUGCACUUGUCCCAUCUGUCGGCAGCCUGUUUUAGGGUCCAGUCUAGCAAACAGUGGGUAAAGAAAGUAAUAGAGCUAUUGAAAUACUGCAUUUUAGUAGAGCUGAAUAUUCAAGAGUCUUCUGUUGAGUUAUUUGUGAUGAGCUAACCAGGAUGAAAAAUAACAGAUUAUUAUAGUUUGAACUAUUUUUUGUGUGCUUUUUUAACUUGUUAAAAAGAGAAAAUUUAUACAAAACUUAAAACUCAAAGUUAAAUUAUCCAAAAGUACAGAAUAGUUAAUAUUGCUAGAACCAAAUAAUCUUUAAAAUGUUUUUAUUUUGGUAAUUUUGUCAUGCUAAGCACUUUUGUACCUGCACAGUUCAGUAGGUUAAGAAAAAUCAGUCUUCUUUUUCUUAAUAGUUAAGCAGACUUGACUUUCAGGUUCUAUAGGUGUAAUACAAUAGACGUUGGUGUCUAUAAAUAAGUCUUUCAUUAACUUUUUUUUCUAAGGGCAGUUUGUUUUCACGAAAGAAUGUUUGGCUGAAUGUUUACUAAAUGUAUUUAUAUUACUUGAAAUGUUAAAUUCAAUAUGCAACGUACCAUAUGUAUAUGUGUGUAUAUAUAGACAUAUAAUUUUAAGGUUAAGAUACUCGAUCUAAAAACUGCCAUUUUGGUUCUUAUUUAAGCUUUUGGACUAUUUCUGCAUAUGGCACAAGAUUUAAUAUUUACAAGAUCAUCUCUGGGAGGAAGUGGAUUAAGACAUUUAAAAGUAGAGAAUUUACUGAAGCGUCUCUGACAAUCUGACUUCUUAGCAAGCAAUAUAUAAUAUUGAACAAAUAUAAUACUGAACAAAUAAUUCAUUUUUCAGAAAUGAAACAUCGAUAUUUUAGAACAUAUAGGUUAUUAAUAACUUGAGUUUAGCCUUUUUGUGACUCUUUUAAAAGUGCAAACAAUUCUUUGGAUCCUAUUAAAGUAUGUGAUAUGCAUGGUUUCUCAAAUUUAGUUUAAAAUCUAAAAGUCUAUAAGGAAUCAAAUGUUAGAUAACAUGUUAAGUUCACUUGGAGGCAAAACAACUCCAGUAAUACAGAACAAAAAACCUUAAGAGAAUGUAGAAUUUAUAUAAACAAAAGUAUGCAUUGAAGAUAUAUUUCUACCAAUAAAUAUUAAAACAA